UCUAUCUGCUCCAGUAACCAGAGGCACGCUUAAGGAGCUCGGUGCAAGUGAAUUUUAAUAAUUAGUGUAAUGUACGAAAUUUCAUAAGCGACUGCGGUUUUAUCAUUUGAGUUUUUCCUCUUUUUGCAGUGUUGUAUUCUGUAAGAGAAAGAGGCUUGUUAAGUGUCUCUCUCCUCUCCUUUGCUUGCAUCUUCUCUCUCGGUAUGGCGGAGCACAUGAUGGUGUCAAUGAAUCCCGGGCGGUUUCCUGAUGCUACGAACGGACUCCAGACUUACCGCAUGGGGAUAAGCGGACUGCAGAACCCGCAACACCCUCAACCCGGAUUAAGGCGAGACCACCCCGGCGCUCAGCUCCUGCACUACGGAGGGGCCAGUAUAGACUCGAACGGGGGUAUGAGAGCUCGUCCCGGGGUGAGCAACCUGCCCGGACAGAUGACCCACCAUCCAAUGUCCACCAACGUGAUGUACAGCACUCAGCAGCAACAGCAGCAACAGUUUCUGGGGACUCUGAGCCCUCAGCAGCUCAUGGCUACUAUGCACUUGCAAAAACUGAACAACCAAUACCACAAUCACCCGCUGAUUGGGAUGAAUAACGGGAUGGUUAGCACCAGCCAACAGUACCGGAAUCCCAUGAACCCGACCCCUCUGCCUGGGAUCCAACACGUUACAGCCCCCUCUCUCUCCCUGAACGUUAUGGACACCGACCUCAUUGAUGAGGACGUAUUAACAUCUCUGGUGUUGGAGCUCGGCUUGGAUCGCAUUCAGGAGCUCCCGGAACUCUGGCUGGGACAGAAUGAGUUCGAUUUCAUUUCAGACUUUGUCAACAAGCAGCAGCCGAGCACCGUGAGCUGUUGAGAACGGCCUGCCCCUUUCUGUUUUUAGCCGGGGAAGGAGGGAGGGAGGGAGGGAAUGGGUGGGAGAGGUAACCAGUCAGCUCCUUACAACAAGCCCUCAUAAACCUGGCAGCAAGAAACGAAAAGGGGGCGGCCUCGUUCGUUUUUUUUUGGGAACGUGGACGCUGUCCACCUUCAUACGCCUCGGCAUCACUGUUGUCCCUUUAAACAGGCAGCUGUCCUUUGGGGAGUGUCUUUUUCUUUUGAGGGUCGGGUGGGGUGAGAAUGCUCAAACGACCUGGAACCGAGACUGAUCCAGAAUUAAUCCAGUUCUCAACAGCAAAACAUUCCCAAGCAAUUUUUCUUUCCCCUUUUUACGAGAGAGGCUUCGGUGCAAUUUCAAUCUGAUCGUUUUAACUAUGCUGAUUGGCACGGUGACUUGCUGUCUGUAACUUUGAUUGUAAUUUGAUUGAAAAUGCUUUUUGAUUAGAACAUAGCCAGCAAUUUUGGGGGGGGGUGGGUGGGACGUGGGAAAGUGGAAUUCCAGCUGCAAAAAGGGACAUUGUUUCUCUCUAAAGGAACAGCAUUGCUGCCUGUUAAAGGAAUUACUUGAGACUGUGUCUGCUCAGAACUUGCACCAUUGUUCCGACCUAAAAUUUGAAAACUCUGCAGAGUAUUAGCUGUGUCGUGUAUAAAUAUUUUCAAACAAGGUAGACUUUGAGAGUGGAGCUGUUUGUGACGGAUGCAAUCAUGUAUAACUAUUUUAUGAACAAGAUCAGUGUAAAGUCGAGUUGUACUUUAUGUUUGACCGCUGGAUUUUUUCGCUUUUUUUUGGGAGUGUUUAAUUUCGACUACUGCCAGUUGCUUCCGCCACCCACUGUUCAGGAUAGAGAAUUGCAACUCCUCAUUGUUGAUCGAUGAAGCGAGACAAAAAAAAACGAAUAAAGACUUUUUUCUUUUGAA